AUGCUACCAUCAGUAACAGUUCGAAAGAGAUACAGACCAACGUUAGUCUGCUUAAAUUGUAGGCGCCGGAAAACAAAAUGUGAUAGAGAAAAGCCGGCCUGUGGGAACUGUGUAAAGAUCGGCGAGACUUGCUUUUAUUCUGAACAUGCUGAAGAAAAUGCAGUAAAGAAGGUUAAAUACACAUACGUGGAAGAUCUGGGAUUACCUGAAAUUAUAAAUAUGACGCCAAGAGGGUUUAAGAUUUCUGUGAAAAGAUCGGCAGCGUGGUUUAAUGGAUUGUUUUCGGAUAUUGCUGUUAUUGAGAGGGACCCUUACCUUACUAUUACCGAUGAAGUGGUUGACAUUUUGUUUGAAACUAUGCGUAACACUUUUGAUCGUAGAAAACAGGAUUACGUGUUAACGCUCCCCAACUCUCUAAAGAUUAUCACAACGUAUAAUUCGAAGCCACAGCCGUCGGAGGAAAUGUUGUUUCACCAGAUUGCGAAGGAGUUUUCCGCAAUACGAUCUGCUCCAGUGGAAGACAUAUACAUCCCUGAUCAAAAAGAGUUUUGGACUCGUUAUUACCCACAUUUUACGGGCAUGAUACAUCCGCUUCUUCCAAUUUUCGACUUAGAAGAGCUUAAGAGUCUAAUACAGAAGUUUUUCGAUCAUCAGACCAAAGAACCGGGUGUGCUUAAUGAAAAGGCACACGAGUCCACAAUUCUUAUGACAAUAUAUCUAAUAGUGAACCUCUACCUUAUGGAGUUUGAUUCUCGCAAUAUGACAAUACAGAAGAAUAUAAAUUUAAUUAAGGGCAAGAUUAUGAAUUAUAAGUGGUUCCAAAAGACGACGCUAUUCCAGAUUAGGACUUUUCUUCUUUUACGGUUCCACAACUGGUGUUCUUACCACGAUAACGAUGGAAGCAGAACCAACGCAAAUGAUGGAUUGAUGGGACUUAUAAUGGGACAUUGUAACUCACUUGGAACAACGUGGCAGCUCUGGACCAAUAUAGAUAAACCAGAGUUCCGAAUUAUCUGGGCAGCUGCGUUACAUUGGGACAGAAAACUAGCACUCUUGACAGGUUCUGAUCCGCUAAAUACUAGAACGAUGAAAGUACCUGAGUUACCAGAUGAUUACUUAGUUAUAAAAUUCUUAAAGUGCUGUAUCGAUGAUCCUAACAAAUUGGACUAUACACUUGCCAUGGACACACUAGGCCGCCUCACGUUCGAAAAGGAGCACAGGCUAUUACAAUGGGAGUUACGGAUAGUUGUUCUUAUGGCAAAACUCUCAUUGCACCAUGGGAAAUUAAACCAUUCUAACACUGGAAUAAUAGCCAUCAUUAGGGUUAUCGAAGAACUAAUAACAAUAUGGAACGAGUACUUUGAAACGCCUCUUUUACCAAUAUCAUAUUCGAGGAGAAUAGUAGAGUUAUCUAUGAACAAGGCCCUAGUAAUUUUGCCUGCAAUUAUACUAAGAGUUCAGGACCCACACAAACACGAGGUCAUCCAGCUAAUGAACAAAUUGUCCACCACCUACUUCAAUGAAUUCCCACGCUUUUAUCACGUUUUCAAGCGUUUGUUCAUCUACAAGCUAACGUUCAAUUUGGUAAGCAGGCAAGACUCUUUAAACCAUCUCAUUAUGAUUUUGAAACACGAAAGACCUGAGGUUCUAGAAAAGAUGGGGAUAUUCAAAGACCACGCCGAUAUGACAGACGAAGAUCUGAUAAAGGCAUGGAACAACAAGUACCGUCAUGUUGAAACACCAUGUCACUUUAAAGUUGAUAUAAAGUGCAAGGAGUAUCAGUCAAAUUUAUACUCUUCUAGUUACCAAAAUACGAUUGAAAAAUUGGAGAAAACUCACACAGUUAAAUCUGAUACCAUCGAUGUUGCACAAUUCUUGCAACAAGUUUUCGACCUGACGGAAUUUGACAGAUUUUAUGAUAUUGAUAUUGAUGCCUUCCCCAAAUUUGAAAAUGUGCUAUAUUAA